AUGCUGACCCAGGAACAAAAGAUGCAAGCCGCCCUGCUGAAGGCGUCAAAGGCUCUGAUAGACUCCAGUAUCCUCGGCGAAGUUGUCCCAGCCGAGUUUCGCCCCUCGGUCGAGCUCAAUGUCAAGUAUCUGUCCAAGAAAGUGACGUACGGCAAGGAACUGAACAUCGAUGUCUCGUGGAUCCCUGAAGAAGGAGCAUACUAUACCCUGAUCCUGACCGAUCCCGAUGUCCCGUCAAGGAAAAAUCCCGAGGAUGGAGAGUACCGUCACUGGGUCGUCUCGAACAUCCUGAACUCGGACUACGCCAACGGCGAGGACUUGACCGAAUACGAGCCGCCGUGUCCUCCGGUCGGCACCGGUCUUCAUCGGUACAUCUUCCUUCUCUACAAACAGCCCGGCUUCCUGGACCUGUCAGUCAUUUCCAAGAGGCGAGAGCGCUGGGAAGCUGAUUCAUGGGCCAAGAGCUUCGGCAUGGAGCUGGUUGGCUGCAAUUUCUUCAAGGGCCAGCAAAAGCAAUAG